GCCGUGGCCGGGCCGAGCGCCGCGUGAGCCGCGCGUCGAGCACACGCUCGCGCUCCAGCUCCCCGCCUUCGCUGUUCAUGACCGACAGUGUCCUCUGGCUGCAGCCUCCGCCAGACCCCGCCGCAGGCCCGCUGCCUGUUCGCCGUCGCCGCCGCCACCGCGAGGGCGCCAAGCGUAGGAAGGCAGGCGCGGUGUGUGCCCCGCCCAGCCCACGACCCCUGCCCGCUACCGGCUGCCCGGCCCAGCUGGCACCAUGCUGCCCGCGCGCUGCGUCCGCUUGCUUACGCCCCAUUUGCUGCUAGUGUUGGUGCAGCUGUCCCCAGCUCGCGGUCACCGCACCACGGGCCCCAGGUUUCUCAUAAGUGAUCGUGACCCUCAGUGCAACCUCCACUGCACCAGGACUCAACCCAAACCCAUCUGUGCAUCCGACGGCAGGUCCUAUGAGUCCAUGUGUGAGUACCAGCGAGCCAAGUGCCGAGACCCGAACCUGAGUGUGGUCCACCGGGGCCGGUGCAAAGAUGCUGGCCAGAGCAAGUGUCGCUUGGAGCGGGCUCAAGCCUUGGAGCAGGCCAAGAAGCCUCAGGAGGCUGUGUUUGUCCCAGAGUGUGGUGAAGAUGGCUCCUUUACCCAGGUGCAGUGCCAUACCUACACAGGGUACUGUUGGUGUGUCACCCCGGAUGGGAAGCCCAUCAGUGGCUCUUCUGUGCAGAAUAAAACUCCUGUAUGUUCAGGUAUCGUAGGGAGGAGCGGGAAGAAUGAAAAGAGUUGGAAAAAAAAACCCCUUGAUUGGUCUCCUGCGUCUCAUUGGGGAUUGUUAAAAGGUUCAGUCACCGACAAGCCCUUGAGCCAGGGUAACUCGGGAAGGAGAGUUUCUUUUCACUUCUUUUUAACCCUGAAUUCAGAUGACGGGUCUAAACCAACACCCACGAUGGAGACCCAGCCCCUGUUCGAUGGAGAUGAAAUCACAGCUCCUACCCUAUGGAUUAAGCACUUGGUAAUCAAAGACUCCAAACUGAACAACACCAAUAUAAGAAAUUCAGAGAAAGUCCACUCAUGUGACCAGGAGAGACAGAGCGCCCUGGAAGAGGCCCGGCAGAAUCCCCGUGAGGGCAUUGUCAUCCCUGAAUGUGCCCCUGGGGGGCUCUAUAAGCCAGUGCAGUGCCACCAGUCCACAGGUUACUGCUGGUGUGUGCUGGUGGACACGGGGCGCCCGCUGCCUGGGACCUCCACACGCUAUGUGAUGCCCAACUGUGAGAGUGACGCCAGAGCCAAGAGUGCAAAGAUGGACGACCCCUUCAAGGACAGGGAGUUGCCAGGUUGUCCAGAAGGGAAGAAAAUGGAAUUCAUCACCAGCCUCCUCGAUGCCCUCACCACCGACAUGGUUCAGGCCAUUAACUCAGCAGCACCCACUGGAGGUGGGAGGUUCUCAGAGCCAGACCCCAGCCAUACCCUGGAGGAGCGAGUGGUGCACUGGUACUUCAGUCAGCUGGACAGCAACAGCAGCAAUGACAUCAACAAGCGGGAGAUGAAGCCCUUCAAGCGCUACGUGAAGAAGAAAGCCAAGCCCAAGAAAUGCGCCCGGCGUUUCACCGACUACUGUGACCUGAACAAGGACAAGGUUAUCUCACUGCCUGAGUUGAAGGGUUGCCUGGGUGUCAGCAAAGAAGGUAGCCUUGAAAGCUUCCCCCAGGGGAAACCAGCAGGCUCAAACCCAUUCAUAGGACGCCUUGUCUGAGGAGCAGAAGAUCAAGGGCGGUGGAAAGUCCAAGGAGGCAAGAUGGACCACCAGACACCUAACUAACCUUCAGCGCGGUCCGUGGCCAGCAACAUCCCGUGUAACAUAAGUGGUGCCUACCAUGUUUGCACUUUUAAUAACUCUUCUUUGCGUGUUUUGUUUCUGGUUUCAUCUGUAAACAACCAAUAUCUAAUACCAAGUGGGAAGAGGAAAGGGAAGAAAGACUUGAUUCUCUCUCUCUCUCAUCGUAAGUUUUUGGAUCUGCUACUGACAACUUUUAGGUUACUGGGGGGAGGGGUGUUGUUGGGACUGAGAAGAAAGAGAUUUAUAUACUGUAUAUAAAUAUAUAUGUAAAUUGUAUAGUU